UGUGUGUUUUUUUUUUGGGUAGGGGUGGAUUUGGGGAACUGAAUUUCUCUGGCCUUCUUACCCUCGGCACCUGGUAUCUUGUUGGAAACCAUUACCAAACACAAAGAACAGGUGGACUGGAAAUCCCUUUGAUUUUCCGAAAUCUUCCCCCACCGGUUUGUCCGAAAAAAUAAGCAAAUUUUAAUUUCCCUCGUCAUAAAGAUUUGAUUUUUCUCUUUCUGCGUGAAUUUUCCGGGAAAUUCUUGAAUUGCCCAUGAUAUAUCAAAAUCCAAGACACCAAGAGCAACGUUUGGUUUCUUUUGUCAGGUCUUGGUGGGGUUUUUGAUCGUCUUCCCGUCUCCUCCCAUUCAUUCCCCGUAUCUCCCCCUGUUCCUUGCAUCCUCACAAAAUCUUGAUCUUCAUCAUCUGAUAAGAAUCUAAAGAUAGAAAAGCUUAAUCGAAUCGAAACCGACUGAAUCUUGUCGAUGCAAAGCAACCCCUUAAUGGAAAAUCCCAUUUUUGCUUCUGGGUAUUGAUCGGGAUUCCUUCCGGGUGCCGAUUUACUGAGUGUUUGGGUUGGUAGAUUCCGGUCCUUGGCCUGAUUUUGUAGCCAUGGCCGGUAAAUCUAAGCCGCUGGACCACUGGAGGAGCUACUUCCGGGCGGCGAACUGCGACAUCUUCGACAUAAUAGACCGGGCGAUCGCCGUCGCGGCGGCUGACUGCCCGCAGGAGUUCCGGCUGAGGAGGGAUCGAAUCGCCGAGCGGCUUUUCGCUUGUAGAUUGGCCCGGUGCUCGGGCUGCGACCGGGUCGAGCUGGCCAUCCCUGUCGGGGAGGACGAGGAGGAGGAAGGCCGGGAUGGCUGCGGGGCGAAGCCGAGCGGGUCCGUGUCCGCCGGGAAGAGCGGAAGCAAGGAGAGCAAAGUAACCAGCAGCAGGAGGGAUGAUGAUCGGGAGCAGCAGGGAGAGCUGUUCGUUAGCAAUUUCAGCUACGGCGAGGCCGAGGCAUUGACCGAUGAGAUCGAGGAGGAGUCCAAGGUUGUCGAGGAAGUGCUGAGGAUUAAGGAGCUUCUCGUCAACAGCCAAGAACAAUCGGAAUCACUGCUCUAUGAAUCACUGAGGAGGCUCCAGUUGAUGGCUCUGACUGUCGGAACACUGAAAGAAACUGGGAUCGGAAAAGCUGUUAACCGUCUCCGGAAACACGGGUCCAAGGAUAUCAGUAGCCUCGUGCAAACUCUUAUCUCAGGAUGGAAGGCUAUGGUGGAUGACUAUUAUAACACUGCCCCAACUGUUGCUGAGCCUGAGAGCACUCCCGACUCUGUGAAAAACCCAUCAACUAUCGAUGAUGAUGAAGAAGAAGAAGAAGAAGAAGGAUUGCCCUCUCCUCCUAUGGAUGAAGGGGCCUUCUUUGCUACUCAAACCGGUCCGAUUGAGCUCUCUCAGUUCUUCGAUGGAAUGGACGAUGAUGGAAAUCCACGAACCAGUGGGGAAUUCAUCAAGAACCGAGAAAAUGGACGGAGACAAUCCAUGUCCAUGGAAAAGCAGAAGCCCCGACAAACCAUUUCACCUGUGAAUAAGGAGAGGGGCCCACAAAUCAAGAAGCGGGAAAAUGUCAUGAUGCCCAACAGGCCUGCCAAUGACAACCCGAGGCCGAUGAGACGAAGCGAACCUAGUCCAGAGCAAAAGUUCAAGAAGGAAACAAAGCCUCAGCAGAAAAGAUCGGAUGCUGCUGUUGUCCAAAAGAGGCAACUUGGGAAUCCGCAAGGCGAAAUGAUGCCUUCGGAUGAAGUUUCAAAGCAGAUGAAGCUCGAAGCUACCAAGAGAAGGCUCCAAGAAAGUUACCAACAAGUGGAGAAAGCCAAGAAGCAGCGGACGAUACAAGUAAUGGAUUUGCACGACCUCCCAAAACAGAAAGCUGCGCCCAAGAAUUUCUAUCCAAGACCCGGGAUGCAGAACAGGAACUGGGCGAACGGGAGGAGGUAGUUCCCGGGUGUUCCUUAAAUCUUUUCCGUGAAAGAGCAUUUUCCCGCCCUCAAAGCCCAGCUAGAAGAGGAAAUACCAGAGACCAACUUACGAACUCAGAACUCCUUUUUUUCUCUUGUGAGACGCAUUGAGGUGUAUAGAGAUUUUAAUCUCUCUGCCUUCUCGACCAAAAGACCAGAUCGGGAGGUAAUCAUCGGCCCUACUAGGCACCGUUUGAUGAGCUGGCAGAGGCGAAUAUCGGUAGAUAUAUGAUCACCUAAUUUACACCAUUCGCAGAGACAUUCUUUUCCCCUUCUGAGGAAGGAUUUUAGAGUUGAGUUUGCCCACUUACUGGCUUACUGUGAUUACCCCAUAAGAAUGUGCACAGAAGCAAUAAGUGCAUUUUCCCUACAUUUUAACUUCUUCAUGAGGGGCAUACUAAUUACUCUGUAUAAACAAUCUCCUUCAUGUGAUGGCAGUCAUGUAAAUUCAUGAACAUUUUACCCCAUUGCUAAAAUUUAAUUGGAGGAAAUAUGGAUGUGAUCUUGCCCUUUUA